UUCAGCGUUUUUUUUUUAUAAAUAUUUCACGUUUUCGAUAAUUUGGAGAAACUGUAGAAAACUCGCGUGUUAAUCAUGAUGGAUACGAUCAUAACGGUCAAGCUCUAUUCACCAAUAACGUGCGCGCGGAGAGCCGAAGAAUUAUAGUGGCGCCUCGGAUAUGAAUGAUGGAGGCGGAAAACGCGGAGAGAUGGUUUCCUCUGUCAGAAAACGGAAACACAAGUUUAAACGCCUCGAACCUGGGUUUCCCAAACGCGUCGUCUCCGGUGGGUCUGUGGGGUGAUGCUCAGGAUAAAGAGGUGACCCGGCUGGAGGAGAUCCUGUAUGUGCAGGAUAGAGCCUACAAAGAUUUCACCACCACCAUUCAAGUUUUCAUCCUCAUCGGCUCCCUUUUGGGAAAUAUUGCAGUGCUAUGGUGCACUUGUUACACCAAUGUCUUCAAGUCUGUCACAAAUCUCUUCAUCAAGAACCUGGCGUUUUCUGGCAUUUGUGCUGGGUUGGUGUGUGUGCCCUUUGACAUAGCCCUGAAUGCCAGCCCCCUCUGCUGCCUCUGGGUUCACACACUCCUGCUUUGCAAAACCAUCAAGUUCCUACACAGACUUUUCUGCUCCGCCACUGUGCUAAGCUUCGCUGUCAUUGCCCUGGACAGGUACUACUCAGUGUUGUAUCCGCUGGAGAGAAAGAUAUCAGAUGCCAAAUCCAGAGACCUGGUCAUUUACAUCUGGGUGCAUGCCGUGGUGGCCAGUGUCCCUGUUUUCGCCAUAAGCAAUGUGACGGAUGUCUACGCCACCUUAUCUUGUUCUGACGGCCAAUCGUUUGGACAUCUGGUUUACAUGGUCACAUACAGCAUCACCACGCUUAUUUUACCACUAGCAGUGGUGUUUCUAGCCAUGGCACUAAUCCGCCGUGCACUAAGCAGCAGCCAGAAGAAGAAAGUGAUCAUUGCAGCGCUGCGUACCCCUCAGAACAGCAUUUCCAUUCCGUAUGUGUCUCAGCGUGAGUCUGAACUUCAUGCCACUCUGUUGUCCAUCGUCCUAGUCUUUGCACUCUGCAGCACUCCCUACGCCGCUCUGGUGAUAUACCGUGCAGUGCUGGGGGCUGCAAAAGCCUCGUCUUGGUUACAACUGACUGCUGUGUGGCUGCCAAAGGUCUCUCUCCUCACCAACCCACUGUUUCUCCUCACAGUAAACCGCUCUGUGCGACGUUGCCUUCUCGAUAUGCUAGCACGGUUGCACCGACGCUAUAGCCGAAGGAACAUGGUCAGCAUUGGAGGUCUGGCUGAGGUAGGGCCACUAGGGAGCGAGACUGUGGUUCGCUCUGGUAGUCAACUCCUAGAGAUGUUCAAUAUCGGCCAACAGCAGAUCUUCAGACCGAAUGAGGAAGAAGAAGAUGAGAAUGAAAUUUCAUCUGUGGCUUCUGCCAACUUCCAACCCAAAGCUGAGGGACAGGGUGGAAAUGGAAUGCUUGCAGGAGAGCUGCGUCAGCUACAGUCAGGGGACGGGGUUAAAGAAGAGGUCUUAGUGUUACCAAAACAUUCCCCUAUUCAGUCAUGUGCCUACUCCUCUUCGCAGGUUGCCCCCGCGACACCCACGGAUCCCGAGGAUGCAACGCAGUUUGGUUUCGGGCCGUUUGAGCUGCCUCCUCAAUGGCUGCCUGAAACCAGGAACAGUAAGAAAAGACUCCUUCCUCCGUUGGGUAACACACCGGAGGAGCUGAUCCAGACCAAGCAGCCUAGAGUUCGACCCGAGAGACGCAUCAGUAGAAACAAUAAAGUUAGUACCUUCCCUAAUGUGGACCCCUAAAACACAGUGCCAUGGACCAAAUCAUUAAAAGCCAAGAAAAAAGACUGUCUGUUUUAUAUCUAAAGUUAUUUUGGGAUCAUUUUCUAUGUGAGUGCAGAACAAUGAAGGAGAGAACUCAUGGAGAGUUUACGUUUACAGUAUGAAGUAGGUAGAGUUUUCAUGCUCUCUUGCUGUCUGUUUGGGCGAUUUAAUAGACAUUCGUUCAUCUCCAUGAACUGACAGAACCGGAAAUUGAUCUUUCACAGGAAAUGCAAGAAACACCAUAUGGUAGGCAUGGAUUGUUUGAUAUUUGUUUUGUUGGAAUGGUGAAUAAAAUGAAUAACAAUCAUUUUUAUUUAGAUAUGUCCAUGCUGUGUUGAAUGUGACUAAUGUGUCCUGCUCAACUUGUUGAAGCAUCACCCCACUGCCCACAU